CUCAUGGUUAACUGAAUACAACAAUAUAUCUCACCAAAGUAACUUAUUGGUGAGAUUUAAGGCUAUAAUUACAGUACAGUACAUAACGUCUACUGUACAUAUUUCUUUCACCGCUGACUGCAGCUGCUGCUUUAUUGUAAUCUUGCACAUUUUUCUGAUAAAUUCCUAAUGAAGUCCUUUUCUUCAGUGUUUUGGUCUGCCUUAAAAUCAUAGCAUCGACAAACCCUCUUCACUCCAUAAGUGAGCAAUUUUUUGGGCACUUAAACAUUCUUCACAUUCUACAAAUGGCCCUUGAAGCCUCCAUGUCCCCAUUAGAUGUGGGAAUCUAAUUACAAAUAUCUGAUUCAAAGGGGGAAUGAGUUAACCUUUGCUCAAAUGCCACUGCAUAACCAUCUGUGAAUGGCAAAGAGGGAGCCCGGGCCCGGUGCAUUUCCACAGCGACACUCAGUGAUGGACAGCUGGCCUACCUCGAAGGAACAAAACGUGCACCAGGCCCCAGUUUUCUUCCAGUCUCUAGAGAGAUUUGCUUUCCUAUUUGAAUGUAAAGUCUGUAGAAUUUUUCUAUUAAUAUGAUGAUUGAGUAGCCUCACCACCAAAAGCCUGUGUCUGUGUGGUUUUAAUUUUCCCUUUUAAUUUGUUAAAUGUGGAAGAGAAAUGUCAUUUAGCUCCACAGCAGUUCCAUUAUGUGAUUAAGCAGUAAUAUGAAACACAAUUCAUGUAUUGAUUUUCUUGUUGCAAAGCUUACUUUACAUUCCUGCUCUGAAGAGUUGCAUAAUGUCUGUUCUGUUUUGCAAAACACCUGGAGCUAAAGCAGACAUGCCGCUGGCAGGUUGUGCUGUUGGACCAGCUCUGUGAUGUGACUAUAGAGGUUGUUCAGCCUGCUUUUUCUGGAAAUCGAUCGGCAGAGAAAUGAAGAAAAGUACUUUGCUAAAUGUCAGUACAUGUGAAAUCGAUAUGUACUUGUUCCUCUGUGUAAUCUGGCCUCUUUUCCCCGAUGCCCAGUUACAGAGAGCCAUGUCAGACCACUAAUGUAAUGGAAAAGGCCUGCUGAUUCAAAUGUGAUGGGAUAUUUUGUGGAUGGAAAAUACAUUGUUCUGUUUACAAGCAGGGGGCACAGAUGAUGAUUCUGUGCCUUAUGGUUGUAAUAUGCUAUUGUCUCAGCUUUCUUUCAGGCACAUAUCGCUGUUUCAGGGUUCUGUCACUGCUGCAAAAUGAUGAGAGAAACCUCUCCAUUGCCGUUCUUGUUCUAAAGACGCUGGCAUAUACAUCCACUUCAGCCCUCUCGCCUACCCUCUCUCUACAUCUGUGUUUCUCUCUUUUGCUGUCACCACCUCUCCUGCUUUUAUAUUCAUUUGUUUCUGCCUUUGCAGUCUUUAUUUUUUUCCCUCUCUCCCACAGUCACCCCUUUUUCAGGUUGCAGGAGUCGUGACAGUGCAUCGGUGUUGAGUAUAGCAGGGGCCAACAGCCCCCAAAGCAGAGUCUGAGAUUAUGCAAUACCACACACAUGCAGACACAUUCUCACAGGGACAUAGAGAGUAUAUUCUAUUAUUAGACUGCUGGCCCCAUUUUCCAUUUGUACCUAAGAUGUUUGUCUUGUUUUAAGAAUAAAUCUGAGACACAGAUGGAGAGGGUUUUUUUUUCUUGUAUGUGUACGUAAUGAAUAACAGGUGCUUUCUGGCUGCUUCCUUGUUUAACCUUUAAAGCCCCUUAAAUUGAAUUUUGUUUCCCUGCUGCUGCUUUAACUGUCGACCCGGCCUCUCUACACGCACAAACUGCCCACAUUCCCUCGGAGAGCUGCAUUUCUGUCUUCAUUUUCCCGCAAGCAGAUUCCUCAACAUUCAGUGCUCCUCCACCCUAUUGAAGAGUGGCUGUUGUGGCUGAAGGUGCAGGCUUACAGAGGCUGUGAGGUGGUUUGACUUUUGGCAGGAGUUGAGAGGCUGCUGACGUGUGUGUUGGGCAGGAUGUGUGUAAGAAGCGGUGCUGGAUCCUGUUUUUCAAACCGCAGCAACUGGAGCUUAGCCACAGCUAUGGGUUUUUAAUGCAAAACACACACACACAACACACAACCUUAGUGCUCUAACCCCAACCUUGACUCAUAACUUACGUGCCAACACCGCUUGCAUACAUAUGCGCAAACUGAUAAUAUGCACGCAAAGCUACUCGUCCACAUGCAUGAAAAACACAGACUUAAAAUGACAGAUAUGCACUCUGAAUAACAAGAAAUUCGAUGAUUUGUGGAUUGGCUGAGAUUUAUCCGAUUGUCUUUUUAAUUUAUCAGAUAUAAAAGACAGUUUGACAUUUGCUCUUUUUGAUUGGUCUUUGGCUUUUAGGCAGGAUAACAGACUAUGUCUGGAGCCGCAAACCUCUGGUGUAAAAACAGAGGAAUGCAUUAUACCUCAGUAAGGACAAUGACAUCCUGUAUAACAAGUUCUUGAAACAAACAUUGCUUUAGAGGCCCCCUGCUAGCUUUCACAGUAAUACACACACAAAUCGUCUAUCACACACACACACGUGCGUGCAGAGAAAAAUAAGAUGGCAUUUGUUGUGCGGUUUGAAAUUUCAAGGUUCACUGACAUGCAUGCAGACAGUAGAGACAGACAAAGGGUGUGCUUAGGGUAGCAAAAACAAACUGACAGGGCAACACCAGUGCUUGCGUUGUUAUGACGAAGGAGGGCUAUAAUAGAGACAAACACACAUCACUUAAGAAAAGAAAAGUAGAGCGGAAGAUGGAUAUAAAGGGAGGAAAUGAGGGGAAUUACUUCUGUCAACACUUUGCCCAUAUUACUCCAUUGAGAAGAGGCUUUCUGCGUGAAUAUGUGCACUCCUGUGUGUAUGUAAAUUGUACAUGUGCAGACUUGUUCCUGUCUGAAUGAAGCAGAGCAGCAUGUGGUAAGAGGAUCAAUAGGUUUAGCUGACUGGCUACUGACGGAGGAGGCGCACCUCUUUAACAGGGUCAGGACAUCCCACUGACUGGAGCAAGGAGGGGAGGGUGGGGGAGAGAGACGAGCAAGAGUGAGACAGAGACAAGGGGAGACUCUGAAGAGACGCUGCACUGGUUUGUGUUUUCUCUCCCCAUUUCCUCUUCUUUCUCCCUGGGAGGUUGUGAAAGGGCAGAACAGAGCGGGAGACGCAAAGUAAGAGAGACAAAGGGGGCAAAGCUGACGGGAUGAAAGCGGCUGUGAGUGUGUGAGUGACUCUGUGUGUAACAUGCUCUGUCAUGCUGGUGUGACUACCACUGCAUCUCCAGCUGACGUCGUUGGCUGUCAGGAAAAGGAAUGUUUUCCGGAGGAAUGAGUCCCUGAACCGGUUCACCAUGUGGAUGUGGGACAGUAAUUUCCAAACCUUUGCCGGAAGAAUCCCACGGAAAAAAGAGCAGCGACCGGAGAGCCUAGCUGGUUCUGCCGGGUGGCCGCCUGUGAGCUUGCACUGCUGAGACUCUCUCACUUGAAGACAGAGUUCACACUAGUCUUAAGCCUGCUUCCAAUUCAUGUUUCUUUUUUUUUUUUCAUUGUCUGAUAUAUUGGGAUUUUUAUUUUUCUUCUGGAACUCAGUGGAUUUUAUGGUGCUAUGUAGUUUGAGUUGUAAGAUUGCCCUGUUGGAUGUAAGCCAGCCCCUUUUGCAGUGAUGCACUAGGACCAAACAAGUGAGGCUGGAAGUUCAGAAAGGACUCUUUGCCGGAAGACUGGUUUAAAUGGGCGCAUCCAGCAAUGGACUGCAGUAUGGGACACUACAUGUUGUGCUGGGGCCUGUGGAUACUGUGGGACAGCGUCUUUAGAUAGAAAGCUGGUGAGAUAAAGGGGUUCAAAGGUUGAAAGGUUAACAGGUGGGGGUGAUCAGUCCUGACAAAGCUUCAUUAUGAAGCCUGGACAAUGUCCAGGUGUUCCCAGUGACAGAUCCAUGAUGCAUCUCAGCCAUUUUCCUUUCAGAAGGCACUCCUGGAUAUGUUUUGAUGUGGACAAUGGCACGUCAUCAGGGCGCAGCCCCCUGGACCCAAUGGCCAGCCCGGGUUCAGGCCUCAUCCUGCAGGCCAAUUUUGUCCACAGCCAACGGAGAGAGUCGUUUCUCUACCGUUCCGACAGUGACUACGACCUCUCGCCCAAGUCUAUGUCCCGAAACUCCUCCAUUGCCAGUGACAUUCAUGGUGACGAUAUGAUUGUAACGCCAUUUGCACAGGUUCUUGCCAGCUUGAGAACUGUACGAAACAACUUCGGUGCAUUAACUAAUCUACAGCAAGACAGAGCAUCCAAUAAGAGAUCACCCAUGUGUAACCCACCACCUAUCACCAAGACCACCUUUACAGAGGAGGCCUACCAGAAACUGGCCACUGAGACUCUGGAGGAGCUGGACUGGUGUCUGGACCAGCUGGAGACACUGCAGACAAGACACUCAGUCAGCGAGAUGGCUUCAAACAAGUUCAAGAGGAUGUUGAACAGGGAGCUGACUCACCUAUCGGAGAUGAGCCGCUCUGGGAACCAGGUGUCUGAGUUCAUCUCCAGCACCUUCCUGGACAAGCAACACGAAGUGGAGAUGCCAUCCCCUCAGACGCAAAAGGAGAAAGAGAAGAAGAACAAGCCCAUGUCUCAGAUCAGUGGGGUGAAAAAGCUGCAACACUCCUCCAGCCUCACAAACUCAAAUAUCCCUCGCUUUGGCGUCAAGACCGAGACCGAGGAUGAACUCGCAAAGGAGCUGGAGCAUGUGAAUAAAUGGGGCCUUAAUGUUUUUAAAAUCUCAGAGUUCUCUGGGAAUCGGCCACUGACAGUCAUGAUGUACACGAUUUUCCAGGAGAGAGACUUGUUAAAAACUUUUAAAAUUCCACUCGACACCUUUAUAACUUACCUGAUGACCUUAGAAGACCAUUACCAUGGCGAUGUGGCGUACCAUAACAACAUACAUGCUGCUGACGUCACCCAGUCAACUCACGUGCUGCUAUCCACCCCUGCCCUCGAGGCUGUGUUCACAGACCUUGAGAUCCUAGCUGCCAUCUUUGCCAGUGCAAUUCACGAUGUGGACCAUCCUGGAGUCUCCAACCAGUUCCUCAUCAACACCAAUUCAGAGCUAGCAUUGAUGUACAAUGACUCAUCGGUGUUGGAGAACCACCAUCUAGCAGUUGGUUUCAAGCUUCUACAAGAAGAGAACUGUGACAUCUUCCAAAACCUGACCAAAAAACAAAGACAAUCACUGCGAAAGAUGGUCAUUGACAUUGUGCUAGCAACAGACAUGUCCAAGCACAUGAACCUACUGGCUGAUCUGAAAACUAUGGUGGAAACCAAGAAGGUGACCAGCUCUGGGGUGUUGCUGCUGGACAACUACUCUGACAGGAUACAGGUUCUCCAGAACAUGGUGCACUGUGCAGACCUGAGCAACCCCACUAAGCCUCUCCAGCUGUACCGGCAGUGGACGGACCGCAUCAUGGAGGAGUUCUUCAGUCAGGGUGACAGAGAAAGGGAGAGGGGCAUGGAGAUCAGCCCCAUGUGUGACAAGCACAAUGCUUCAGUAGAAAAGAACCAGGUUGGUUUUAUAGACUAUAUUGUUCACCCUUUGUGGGAGACAUGGGCUGACCUGGUCCACCCGGACGCCCAGGACAUCCUGGACACGUUGGAAGACAACAGGGAGUGGUACCAAAGCACCAUCCCCCAAAGCCCCUCUCCUACCUUGGACGAGCCUGAAGAUGGCACGCGACCCCCAGGAGGGGACAAGUUCCAAUUUGAGCUCACCCUGGAGGAGGACGGGGAGUCGGACACCGAGAAAGACAGUGGCAGCCAGCCGGAGGAAGAGGAAGAAGAGGAGGAGGAGGAAGAGGAGGAAAACAGCUGUACUGACUCUAAAACACUCUGCACGCAGGACUCUGAAUCAACAGAGAUUCCUUUGGACGAACAGGUGGGGGAGGAUGACGAGGAGGAGGAGGAGGAGGUAGCGGAAGAGGGGGAGACACCCUGCUCACAACCAUGUGUUGUGGAGGAAGAGGUAGCAGAGGAAGAGGAUGAGGAAGAGGAGAAAGAGGAGAAAGAGAGAACCACCGACACAUAGCAGUUUAUAGACAGCACCUGAUUAACUGUUCUUCUUAGUAAUGACAGAUGAUUAUUUAUAGAAUAUUUUUUGGGUUUUGUGGAGUCUGUCUGUGUUUUUUAUACAUCUAUGUUAUGGUUCCAAAGCGUGCGCUGAUUUUCACCUUGGCCGCUCCUCCUGCCAUCUUUGUUCAGACACGCCCACCGGUACUUCUUCAAGUUUUUUUGCACUCAGGAAAACUCCUUUCCAUUCCCGUUUGUACUGAAGUGGUGUGUCUUUUUUUUCCCCACUUUUACAUCCCCACCCUUUUACAAGCUCAAGUUUAGGACCACAAUGAGCAGUUCUGCAUUCUGCUCAGUGCUGUUCCUGCGAUACGUAAUAUCACGUUUUCCUUCCCUCCGCUUCGUCUCAGCCUUGCCUGAAAAUUUAGCAGUGUUUGUGUGUUUUAUCAAGUGCCCAUGCUCUACAGAGACGGUUUAUCGUUGUGUUCAAGGAGAAUCUCCCUCUCGGUUAGGUCAUUUCCUCGCCACUGCGAAUUAGGAGGCAUUUUACGCUGCUGUUCCGCUGAAAACCUGACGGGACGCCACAGAGAUGAAAGCUGCAGCACACUGGGGAGCUUUUCAAGACACAUUUCUGAUGUCGGAAGUCUUCCUUGAAAACCUGACUGAUACAAAGCUCAAAUCAAACAGCCAUGAUGCUGUCCUAGACCUCUUUAAUUUUGUAUUGUACUGUAUGUAAGAUGCAGAUAUUUUCUAGAAUUUACUUUUGCAAUCUUAGGCUUUCUUUUGUUAGCAAAGAAGAUUAGAGAACUUUUGGACACUAAUGGUUGAGAAAUGUGUCAGUGUUUUGAAGGGGUAUCUUCAUGGCUGGAUUACAUUAGAAGUGUUCUGAGGUGUUUGCACUUGCUCAAAUAGCAUUUAUACUACUAUUCCCAUGCCACUGAAGUCAUUUUUGGUUAGUUCUGUGGGUUGAAAUUAUUCAUAAUAACUCUUAUUUUGGUGAGAAUUUUCACUGAGAAGGAAGCAGGAACCCGAAGUCUUACGCUUUACUCUCAUUGACAUUGUUUGUGAUGUGGAUUGAAGCCUUUCCAUUUUUGUUGUUGUUGUUGUUGCCUGCAGUUCUUUUGAACACAUCCUGAGUCAAUGCAAUGCUUUGUAGAUGAUACAAAAAGCACCUUGUUUUAGAAGCUUGAUUAGUGCUCUGAAAUACACAGAAAUAGACACGGUGUUAAAAACUACUGGGGUGAUUUUAUACCAAUGUUCAGAAAGCUUUUAUUGCCCUUAAUUUAAAUUUAUUUUAUUUUUUGCCCAUUUUGUUUGAUGCACACAACACCUACAGCUGCAUACCUGCUUAUUUUCGGCCUCUUUGUUUUCUUUUAAGGUGUAACGAUUUAUUUAAAGUGAUGUUUAAUUUUGCCAUUACAACAUUAAGCCCAGUUGCUGUCUUUUGACAAGACAAUCAGCUCCGUUGUGUAGUCAUCAGAUAAGACUGUCCUCUACUUAGAUACCCUAAUGCACUGAUAUAUUCAUAUAUCGCCACUUUAAUAUUUUUAGUAUGUUUAAACUCGCCAAAAACACUCGCUCGUCACUCAUCAAUACAGUGCGGUCUUACACCUUAGCCAAGAGUCUCAUCCUCAUUUUUCACUUUUCACCUGACGCUGUUAUUUAUUGGUGUGUUUUUGUUUCUAUUUGUUGAGUUAUUUUUUUGUUUUUGUUUUGCCAUAUAAAGGUGGUACAGUAAAUAUUUCACUGUAGCAUAGAACACAAUACAGGCUUGCCAGUUACAAUACCCAAAUAUGAUUUUUUUUUUCUCUCUGUGUGUACAUAAAAAUAUAGAAAAUCAACAAAUGAAAAAAAAAGAAAAGAAAAAAACACUUGAAAUACUGCACACUGCUUUUUCAAGAGUGCUUCUUUUAAUCAUGUGUCAUUUCCAAACUUUUUAUUUAAUCUUUCAUUUUGUGCCAAGACUUUUUUUCCUCUCGUUUUUCAUCCUCACCCAAUGCCCUUACCUGUAAUAAAAAUUUCUGGUUUUAUCGCUGUUUACAAACAUAUAUUUAUUGUGCUGUAUAUAAUAUAUAAUUAUUAAUGUUAUUACUAUCAUAAUGCCGUUUGUCGUAAAUGGUUGAUUCUUAUCAUCCCUUUUGGUGAUGGUGUGGCUGUAUUAUGUACCUCUUGUUGAGAGAAUGUUUAUUACACAUGAGCUUCAGUGUAAAAAUGAUCCAUCGACAUGUUGCUUAUCUGAGAACUAGCUCAGUGAAGAGAAGGGGGAAAGCCAAAUUGUUUUUUAAAAAGAAACUGUUCCUUGGCCCAUGGGCUGUGCCUUAAAUUCAGCGCAUGUCAUUUACUUUAGCCUUUUCCUUUUCUAGUUUAUUUUCUAGUUCUCUUUUGCUGCAUUAGUGAAUCUUUUGGCAUGGGUUGACCUGGACUUCUGUUGUGAAUUUGAAAAUGUUGCCUUUUCACUAUCACAGCCAAACACAGAUUGUUCUGUCGAAAACGUGGCAUUGGAAAAUGUAGGUGUCGGUGCGAACGAUUGCAGAGAUUCAGCUCAACCACAAGUCAUAGAUUUACUAUUUGAGUGAUGUGUGGCCUAUAGCCGGAUGUCCAAGAGUCUUAUUUGCUGUAGACCUGGUCGGAACCACUUGCACCCUCCUUACGCCCUGCGCUGCACUACUACGCUCAAAGAUGUGACACAACCGGUCUGAUGUAAAACGAUAUGGACGUAACUUUGCUGUGUCUGUGCAGAGUUACUGCAGUGCAAUCUGCACAUCCAUGUGGCUGUAUCACAGCUACAAAUACUGAAUGGGGUGCAAGAAGAGUGUGUAGUUGCUGCUCAACCACAGCCUACAAAGCACAGAAUCUUUGAGACACAUCUGCGUGUUCAGCCACUGCUGCAUUAAUUAUGGCUGAAACAAUGACGGUGUGUUGCUUAUCUAUGCUCGGCCCACAGUUCCACUCACAUUACUUGCAAUAUCCAAAACCACUAACAUUUUUCUGCCUGGACAGGAGAAAGGUUUAGUAUAUUUAUGUAGGGGGGAGGGGGGGAUAGGGCUUUGGGUGAGUGCAUCAUUGUCCCGAAAAUGGGACUCUUCUUUUGACACACAUACUGUAGAUUCUAAACAGCCCUGGACCAAUGGAAACAGUGGGGUUUUUCUCAUUAUGUGUUCUAUUUUUUAUGGUAUGAAAGGAAAACACAAACUGUAACUAAAAAAAAAAAAAAGGUCUUCAGGACAAUUAUUUUUUGGGUUAUGUCUUUAGAAUGCCAACUUGUCUGGAAGUUUCACAAGACAAUUAAAAUGUUAUUUUAAUGGAUUCCUUGUUAAUUGCAGUUUAUUGGAUAGCACUGUAGAUCAUACAACUUUAUGUAAAAAACAAAUAAAAAAGAAUGAAAAAAAAAAGUUUUUAUAUGCAAUGGAUUAAAUAAAGCAUGGGUUGAUUCUGCCUA